AUGAAGAGCAUUCUCGAAGUUGUCCACGAGUGUGAUAACUUCCCGUACUACGAACCAUGGCAUACAGAUGACUGCAACAGAGAGCUAGAGUCGUUAUGGCUUUUCUUCCUUCCCGACGAUCCUCAACCACACGGCUUUCUCCUGGACUCCAUCGUUCAACGCAUGCCAUGGACGUCCGAUUUCCGCCUCAUUACGACCCCAUAUAAAGAAGUCCAUCUGAUAAAACAGGAUCUCGAUGACUGGAAAGAAGCGUGUCAAAAAGCGAUUGAUGACCUACUCGAUCUCACCCGCGAGAAGAAGGUUUUUCCUGGACUGGGGAAGAAGCGCGAUGAACAAUUUCCAAUUUUCUGGGUCCCGCGAAGAAAUGCGAAGAAAUCCACCUGGCCGAACAUGCUAGACAACACUGUCGCAGGAGGCGUGGCAAGGGGUGAGAUGCCCUUUGAAUGCCUUGUUCGUGAGGCUGGUGAAGAGGCCGCUUUAUCAGAGGAGCUUGUACGACGAGACACGGUGGCUGUGGGAACUGUAACGUGGUUCAAUAUAUCUGACGAGAAGGCUGGCGGAGAACUGGGGCUUAUGAAUCCGGGAAUGCUGUAUGUGUACGACCUGGAGGUAGGCGAGGACGUGGUUUUCAAGCCAGUCGACAACGACGUGCAGAGUUUUCACUUGCUUGGCGUUGAUGAGGUAAAGGAGGCGAUGAGGAAUGGGGAGUUUAAGCCUAGCUGUGCAACAGUGAUGAUUGAUUUUUUGUAA